AUGACCGGAACGCCAGUCCUCCCCCUUCUCAAGGUCGUCUUCGAGUCUAUUCUCGAAGUCUUCCUCAUGUGUCUUGCCGGAUACAUCCUUGCAACACAGGGCAUACUUGACAGGAAGACACAGAAGCAACUAAACCGCCUCAAUGUUUCCCUGUUCACGCCUUCGCUGCUCUUCUCAAAAGUCGCCUUCUUCCUCUCACCAGCCAAGCUGCGCGAGCUAUGGAUUAUUCCAAUAUUCUUCGUCUUCACGACUGGUGUCUCGAUGGUGGUCGCGUAUGUCUUCGGAUGGUUACUGCGCUUGAAGAAGUCGCAACGGAGCUUUGCCGUUGCAGCAUCCAUGUUCAUGAACUCGAAUUCAUUGCCAAUAGCGCUGAUGCAGAGUCUUGUCGUCACCGUACCCAACUUAAAGUGGGGCGACGAUGACAACGUAAACGCUAUGGUCGGUCGGGCACUGACAUAUCUUGUGCUGUACUCUACCCUGGGCAUGGUUCUCCGAUGGAGUUAUGGAGUUAGGCUCUUGUCAAGUGCAGACCCAGACACCGUGGAAGAACUGCCUGCGAGUCCCCUUGUUGAACGAGAUGAGACCGCCUUCCCGAACUCAACAGGGGAAGAUCGCAUUCUGCGCCACGAACCAUCCUCGCUGACUGACGUCGACGACACGAAGACCCUCACGCAUCCGCCCACCACCACCGAUGACCCCAAGUCGCUUCCCAGCUCUCGAUCCUUCUCCCCCGAGCCCCAGCCUCAAGCGUCAACAUCCGGCGCACCCUCCGUCUAUGCCCACGACUAUUCGGACGGGGACAGCGAGGAUGACAGCGAGCUGCCCAUGGGGCGCCCAAUCCCCGAGCCGACCUCCUCGCUCUGGCAAUCCCGCAUGCGGCGCACGCGGAACCGCAUCCGCAGCGCCUGGCGGACGCUCUACGACUUCAUGACCGUGCCCCUGUGGGCCGCGCUCGCGUCGCUGCUCGUCGCGUGCGUGCGGCCGCUGCAGCACAUCCUCGAGAUGCACAUCCAGCCCGUCAAGGGCGCGCUCAACGCCGCGGGCAACUGCUCCAUCCCGCUCACGCUCGUCGUGCUCGGCGCGUACUUCUACUCGCCCCCCGAGGACGCGCGCGCGCUCCCGGCGCACAAGACGCUCAGCCGCUCCCCGAGCUGGGCCUCGCGCUCGACGCUUUACAGCCAGGUGCGCGGGAUGUUCAGCUUGCGCAGGAGGGAGGCGGACGCCGAGGAGGAGGUGCGGCCGCCGACGAGGAGGCAGGCGCGCCCUGGGGAGACGAAGACGGUCGCCGUGGCGGUGCUCUCGAGGAUGGUGAUCACGCCACUGCUGCUGCUCCCGCUGAUGGCGCUCGCGGCGAAGUACGACGUACAACGAGUCUUCGAGGACCCUGUGUUCGUCGUCGCGAACGUCCUCUUGAUCGCGUCCCCGCCCGCACUCACGCUCGCACAAAUUACUCAGGCCGCGUCUGGUGACGCCUUCGAGCGACUUAUUAGCCGCACGGUCUUCUGGUCGUACUGCGUCAUGACCCCGCCCUCCACCAUCCUCUUCGUCGUCGUCGGGCUGGUGCUCGCGAAGCUCUAA